AUGCAAAUUAAUAUUAAAAUGGCAGUCGUUUUAGCGAAAAAAAUUUGUGAACUCAACACAGAUAUUAAAAAUGCAUUAAUUACUGCUAUUGUACUCACGAAGACAACGCCCAACACUUUCGUUGCGCGCGAUUCAAAUGAAUAUCGCAGCGUUUUUUCCUUUACAUUGCAGGUCAAUGAUGGACAAGGACGCUUAAACAAACACAACUAUCGCGAUGUGGAUGCCUUUUGCGAGUUGCAUAAUUUCCGACGCGUGCCACAUAACUCGCUCCAAUUUAAGGACGGCAGUAAGCCACUCUGCAGUGCUCUCAAUUUGCACGAUGUGCGCUGCAGCAUAAUGGAAAAUAAUGCAAAAGAGCAAUUUAUUGACUUGUUGGUUUUAGUGGCUGCUCAGUGUCCGGUCAAAGAAGUGUGAAGUAAACGCAACGGUGCAAUUCUAAAUUGUCUUGAGCUAAUUGUUAUCGAUAGUAGCCAUGCUGAUGCUGUUGUGAUGAUCAUUUGGCAGCCUGACUGGAUACAACGGGCGCAACAUUAUUGGGAAGCGAUGCGCACAGUCGUGCAUUUAAUCGAGGUCAAGUUGGGAUAUUCCGAAUUUUACAAAAGUACCACAUUAUCUUUUACCGGACGCACGCAACUCAUCAAAAUUACUCACGCGCCCAUCUAUAAUUCAGAACAAUUCACCGCCGUUCUUUAUGCAAUGCUAACUCAUUUCGAUUUUGAUGGCUCUGGUCAAGUGCUAAGCCGCAAAUGCAAAUCCUGUAAUGCCCUACUUAGGCGUAAUCAAAUCAUAUGCGAUAUGGAGCAAUGCCAAUUGGCUUUUUCGAUUAACUAUGAAGGUGAAAAAUUCGAACAUUUUUUCACCAUUAACGUCCAGUUUAGCGAUCAUACUGGCACUUUGUUGGAAUCACGCCUGUCUGGCGCUGUGGCUGAACGUGUGCUCGCUCUAACGCCAUCGCAGUAUCAAGCUUUAAGUGAACAGCAGAAGGAAGAAUAUAAAUGGAAAUACCUGAUGAAUCACUUUGAGGUGAAGUUGGCUGUGCGUAAAGCGAGCGCUAUGCGACGACAAAUGAGUGUGCUCGUGGUGGAAAUGAGAGCUGUAGAAAUACCAGAAUUAGCAGCAAAGCUGUGCGUAUUUUCAAUGAAAUAAACAAAUGUAUUUACGCGCCUUCUCAUGAGCCCUUUUUGUAUAAACAUACAAGAGCA